UAACGUAGCCGCUUCCCGUCCCAUGUCCCCGCUUUAUUCACUAGUAUAAAACAACCCCCCAUUACCCAAAUCUGUUUCGUUCUUCCUAGCUUGUAUUUUCCUACAUUAUUUAGUUCCGCGCGUAUUCAGUUGACCCUCUUUGUCGUUGCGAAAUCUACUUCUUCGACCCGAUAGCUCCCUGAACAGUCGAACCCAAUAUGGAAACAACAUUCCUGCCCUGUCAUAGUCUGGGUACGCUUCCUUAUGAACUAGUACUACUGAUACUAGAUCAAUUCGACGACGAUGAUUUGCCGGCUAUCCACGCCCUAAACAUGACAAAUUGGCAUUUCCACCAUAUAACACUUGGUCAUAUGUAUCGCAGAUUCCCAGGUCGCGCCCCCGAGAAGUUCCUACGCACUAUAGCUCUAACACCCCCACGUGGAUGUCCAACAAUCGCGGAAUAUGUUAAGGAAGUGGUCUGGUACCAAGACUAUUGGCUUCCGGAAUCUUUACAUCGUAUGGUGGAUCCAGCAACUAGACGUCAACUGGCAAGGGGGCUGGGGGCUCGCGCCUACCCCAGAGUUCCUGAACUCUCAUCACGUUUCACGGCCUUCCCUCACAGUCCAGAACUUCACUGGUGGUAUCUCGAGUUUUUCCUGUUUUUUGUACCGAAGGUCGAGAGGUUAAUUGUGCAUGAGGUUGACCUCUGGGACAGAAGCACCUCCUGGUUUGAAAACAUCGCCGCCCACCCAACACAAUUCGAACAUCUUCAAUCCAUCACCCUGGACGGUACGCUACGACUUGAGAAUAUCGUACCGCUCUUGACGCUGCCUUCCCUGCGGAGCCUCAGUAUCGAGUCCGUCAUUGAGACGGACGAGGUUAGAACAUAUGCAUGGUACGAUCAAUCAGUCGCAGAGAGAUUAGCUGCCGGAUCCUCAGUCGAACACCUCAAGAUCGGAAUAUCCUACAUGGGCUUAUCCAGCUUCAUUCCACUCUUCCAAGUCCUCAACUCGCUCAAGUCCUUCUCAUACUCUCAAUGUCCGGACGACGUUGACGGUCAUUAUUACGAUUUCAACUACGAUGCGCUCGCACAAUGUCUCUUGCAUCAACACGCAUCCCUCGAGCAUCUUACUUUGAACGAUCCGUUCUUAGGUUAUUGGAGAGCCUCGUCUCUCCUGUCCGCUCUGCAAUGUGUAACGCGUUUGCGCACGUUGAGCAUUAGCCCGCCCGAUUUACGAGCCCAUGUUGCAUCGAAUAGCAGCUCGGGCAUCGUAGAAGCUGCGACAGAAUUCGCACAAAGACUGCCAUCGACGGUCGAACUGCUCCAGUUCCAUUUGGUGUGGACAGUAGAAGAGGAUAUACCUCGUGGUCUCGCCGACGCACUGGAACCCUUCCUCCACUCACUUGCGUCCGUGGUAAAGUCGGCACUACCUAGACUACAGAAAUUAAUCUUGAAGGGUUGGCCGCCACAGCUCGGCAUAUUCCCUCCAGGCGUGAUAGAGGUGAAGCAAGCCUUUGCUAAUGUGGGUGUGCGAUUUACGUCCAUAUCAGAGAAACUUUAUGGGCCGGGACCAUUUGAGAUAUUGGAAGACCAGGAACCGGGUUGGAUGGUGGUGCAGCAAAGGGCUCUUUCGGAGGAAAGUUCACGGUCGAUGUCGCCCAGCUAGGCGGUCGUCUCACACGUAUCACUUUCAUACCAGGUGUUGAAAGAGUCUGCGCGUUUUCUUUGGUAGUUGUGGUAGUGGAGGGUCCUGGGUUCAUUGUACAUUUGUUGGACAAACCACCCUGAAUAUCAUCCGUAUCAAAAUUGAUUUUUUCUUAUAUCCGCAUU